AUGCAUCACAUGGAACGCCUCAAAAAAUAUGGACGCAUAGAAAAAGAAUUGGCUCGUAAUUUGCUUGCUGAAUUUUAUGGCACCGCUCUUCUAAGAUUCAUUGGUACUGGUGUGAUGGCUCAGUUUGUACUCAGUCCCGGAACAUCAAGCUCUCCGAUACAAAUUAAUAUUGGUUGGGGACUGGCAAUCGCACUAUCAGUUUAUGUUGCAUGGGAAACUUCGGGUGGACAUGUGAAUCCGGCAGUAACAGCUGCUUUAUGCAUUCUCGGAAAGAUAUCUUUCACUCACAGUCUUCUAUAUUUCAUUGCACAAACACUUGGCGCCGCAUUUGGCACAGGAAUAAUGUAUUUAGUUUACAGUGAGGCAAUAAAUGCCUUUGAUGGAGGGGUCCGGGCAAUAAGUGGGCCAAAUGCGACGGGAAUAAUUUUUGCAUCAUUCCCACGGGCUUAUCUUUCAAAUACUGGCGCUUUUAUCGAUCAGAUGGCUGGCACUAGUCUAAUUGGCCUUUUUGUCGCAUUCUGCUGCGAACCCAAGAACCAAAUACCAAGAAAUUUAAUGCCAGCUCUCUUCGGUACAAUCGCAACAACAAUUUCAAUGUGUUGUGGCUUGAAUAUGGGUUCUCCGGUCAAUCCAGCUAGCGACUUUGGGGCACGGAUUUUUGCCUCUUUAAUUGGUUAUGGCACUCAACUUUUUACAUUCCAUAACUACUUUUUUCUCGUUCCACUAGUGGCGCCAAUUGUGGGUGCUAUAAUUGGCGUAUAUUUAUAUCAAUUCUUCAUCGGUUUUCAUAUUCCGAAACCGGCAGCAACAGUGGUAAAUGUCAACAAAGAUAAAUGUGAAAUGGAUCAAGAAAACGGAUUAAGGCAAGUGAAGGAAUGCUCUCAGUUAUGA